GCUGUCUUGAACAAUGCCCAUCAGAGAAGCAUCUAAUUUCUUGAAAGCAACUGGACUCAAAUCAAGCACACCUAUCGAUAUACACUCAAGCUCCGUGAUAUAUACUUCACCAUGUCUAUCCGCAACGUUGUCCUCGCUGGUAUAAGCGGAAACCUCGGACCAGCACUCCUCUCCGCCGUCUCCUCCAGCUUCAACGUCACCGUCUUCAGCCGUCCAGACUCCAAGCCCACCCUCCCCGCAAACGUCAAAGCAGUGCCCGUCGACUAUACCUCCAUCGACUCCCUCACUACAGCCCUGCAAGGAACAGACGCAGUCGUCUCCGCAAUCCCACCUACCGCCGCCGAGGCCCAGACGAACCUCAUCCACGCCGCCGUGGCAGCUGGCGUCUCGCGCUUCCUCCCGUCUGAGUUCGGCUCGGACCUUGAUAACCCUAUUAACCGUGCUGCUCCGGUGUAUGGGCCUAAGGUGCAAGCCCAGGAAUUGUUGAAGUCCCUUGCUGCGGAGGGCAAGAUUACCUAUACCAUUGUGUAUAAUGGGGCGUUCCUGGACUGGGGCCUUCAGGCUGGAUUUCCCAUUUCGCCUGUGAAGAAGGUCGCGGCUCUGCAUGAUGGGGGAGAGAGGCUUUAUAGUACUACUACACUGGCUGCGGUUGGGAAGGCCGUUGUAGGUGUGUUGAGUAAGCCCGAGGAGACGAAGAAUCGGGUUGUUAGAGUCAGUGAGGCGGUUUCGACGCUGAAGGACGUGUUGGAGCUGUCGAAGGAGGUUGUUGGGGGCGAUGGAUGGACAAUCACGGAGCCGGAUACGGAGGCCGAGGCUCAGAAGGCGUUGGGAUUGAUUAAGCAGGGGGUCUUUAACCAUGGGACUAUAUUGCCGUUCAUUUACAAGGCUAUCUGGGGAGCUGAGACAGGUGGGCUGUUUAAAGAGCCGGACAAUGAGUUACUGGGUAUCCAGCAGCUGGAUAAAGAGGGUAUCAAGCAGGUUAUUCAGAAUGUUGUGAACGCAAAUCAGAAUUAGAUAGUCUAGCUACCUCUGAUAACAGCAAUAUUCAUAUCUAACGUACAAUUC